UGGCGGUGCCAACAAGGAAGUACGUUCAGAUUUCAAACUCUCGCUUCCUCUCGUUUUUCCUGCUAGCUACAGCAGGUCCUUGGCUAGCUAUAGCAUGUGAAGCUAGGUUAUCCUGGAGCUUACCUUCCUAGUGAAAGUAGACUAGAAGUGAAAUGCUUAAUUUUUCUACUACAUCUUAGACAUAGCUGACUGGCAGCUAGCUGUGUUGAAAAUGUCCGUGUUUAGCCUCGCUGCUUCGCGUACAUUCCGUGGCGUGUCGGUAAAAAUCCCUCGGAUGUUAUUUAGCCUGCUACCCAAUGAUGGAUACUCAAUAACAAUCCUAAACAGCAAGAGAAUCAGCUGGCCGCAGAGCCACAGCGCAAAUACAACGCGUCUGCUCAGCUCUGAACCACUUAACCAGAAGAUACCAAAGGUGGCAACAUGGGAACCAGUACCAGAGGAACAGCUUCCUCCGCCUGCCCAUAUUCCUGCUGACCUGGUGGACAAACUGGAGCGACUGGCUUUGGUGGAUUUUCGCACCAAACAGGGACUGGCCUGUUUGGAAAAAGCCAUACGGUUUGCAGACCAGCUUCAUGUCGUUGACACAACAGGGGUUGAACCGAUGGAUUCAGUUUUGGAGGACAGGGUUUUGUACCUGAGGGAGGAUGCUGUGAUGGAGGGUGACUGUGCUGAAAAACUGCUUCAGCUCUCAAAAAGCACAGUUGAAGAAUAUUUUGUGGCACCACCAGGAAAUAUUCCUCUACCUAAGGGGGAGGAGAGGACUGCCAUGCUGAAAAACUCAGAGUUUUGAUGUGUAUGAAGUUGAGGCCAGCUUGCCUUCAUAGCUACAGUCAUAAACACGGUGUGAUGUGUGUGUUUUCACAUUUUUUCUGCAACAGGAAAAUAAAAAAACUUGUACAAGU